AUGGCGACGGCUUCAGCCACGUUCAAGUCGCGCGAGGACCACAGGAAGCAGCAAGAGCUCGAGGGGGCUCGUAAGGCGGGGUUGGCGCCAGCAGAGUUGGACGAGGAUGGCAACGAGAUCAAUCCGCAUAUCCCGCAGUACAUGUCGUCCGCGCCCUGGUACCUCAACGCCGAACGACCCAGUUUGAAGCAUCAACGGAACUGGAAGGGCGAGGGGAACUACACGAACCUGUGGUACGACCGAGGAGCCAAGGGCUUUCAGGCCGAGAAGUUCCGCAAGGGCGCCUGCACCAACUGUGGCGCCAUGACCCACACUGCAAAAUUAUGUGUGGAGCGGCCAAGGAAGGUGGGCGCCAAGUGGACGAGCCAGAGCAUUGCAGCAGACGAGAAGAUUCAGUCGAUCGAACUCAACUACGAGGGCAAACGCGACCGCUGGAACGGGUUUGAUGCGGCGACUUACAAGCGAACCAUGGAUUCGUAUGAUAUUCGGGCCGAAGCGAGGAAGAAGUUUCAGAAAGAGCAGCAGUUGAAGAAGCUGGCUGGGAAAGGGGGCGAUGGGGAGGGAGGGGGGAAGGAGGGAGGAGGGAAGGAGGGAGAGGGAGGGGAGGGGGGAGAGGAUGAAGAGGAGGAGGAGGAGGAGGAGGAUGAUGCGAAGGUGGAUGAGAGCAGGCAGAUGGAUUUCGGGAAGGUGGAGAAGCGUGUGAGGACGACCGGUGGUGGCAGCACAGGUUCAGUGCGGUACGUGAUGGUGUGGGAGGGUGUAGAAAGAGCGUGUGAGGAGGGGGAUGAUGCGAAGGUGGAUGAGAGAAGGCAGAUGGACUUUGGAAAGGUGGAGAAGCGCGUGACGACAACUGGCGGUGGCAGCACAGGUUCAGUGCGGAACCUGCGCAUUCGUGAGGAUACAGCCAAGUACCUGUUGAACCUCGACGUCGACUCAGCCUAUUACGAUCCAAAAACGCGCUCUAUGAGGGAAGAUCCCAAUCCCGAGGGCGAUGCUAAAGACAAAUUCUACCUGGGAGACAACCACAACCGCAUCAGCGGGCAGGCCCUGGAGUUCCGCCAACUCACCGUGCACGCGUGGGAGGCCAUGGAAAAGGUCAACGUGGACGUGCACUUACAGGGCGCGCCGAGCCAAGCAGAGCUGCUGCACAGGGAGUUUAAGGUCAAAAAGGAGAAGCUGAAGGGGGCGAGUAAGGAGUCGGUGCUGGCCAAGUAUGGGAACGCAGCGAGUAAUAAGGGGAGAGGGGGUGGUGGGGAGGGGGAGGAGGAGGAGGGGAUUCCGGAGGAGCUGCUGCUGGGGCAGACGGAGGUGCAAGUGGAGUAUGACCGCGCGGGGCGACCACUCAGAGGAGUGGACAAGGCCGUGCCAUGCAGCCGGUAUGAGGAAGACGUGUUGGUCAACAACCACAGAGCCGUGUGGGGCAGCUGGUGGGGCGGGGGCGUGUGGGGGUACGCGUGCUGCCACCAGACCACUCGCAUGAGCUACUGCACGGGUGCCAGCGGCAUCGCUGCUGCGGAGGCUUCAGCCAAUCUUAUGCAGGCGAACAUGGAGAGGAGGGAGCAGAUGAAGGCAGCUAAAGAAGCAGAAGGCAGUGAGGGAGAGGAGGCGGAGGAGGAGGGAGCGGGCAAGGCAAAGCACACAGAGGAGAAGAAAGGAGUUGCGUGGGGCACAGACGCGGAUAUGGAUAUCAAGCUGGAUAAGAAGAAGCUCAGGGCGGCUCUUAAGAGGGAGGACGAACUUGCUCGGGAGGAGAAGGACGAGCGCAAGCGCAAGUACAAUGUUACAUAUUCCGAUGAUGUGACGGAGGAGGACAUGGAGGCAUACCGAAUGAAGCGAAUCCAUGCCGAUGAUCCUAUGCUUGCUUUCCUAGGCAAGGAUGACGAAGAUGAUGCCUAG